AUGAAUUCACCUGGACCAAACUACUUCACGCCAAAGCAUAUGGUACUCAUUUUACUGGUAAUCAAUGAGUACAGGACGGGGAGCGCCAGGAGUUCACUCGGCUAUCACCGGCAGCUGGUGCUCAGCCAACACGCGCUGGACUUUAUGGAGACGGCUAUGAACCGGGAGUUACGGCUAGUUUUGAUCGAUCCGUUGAUUCUCUACGAUAUUAUCGGUUAUAACGAUAGGAAAGUGUUGAUUAAAAACGACUUACUGUCCGAUCAGUUGCUAAAAGACCUGCUUAUGAACCGUCAAUACUGUACGGCAUUCGCCAUAUUCACCGACGAUGUGACGGUGCUUAAGGUAAACCUGAGCCCAGCCCUCAAUAAACUCGGUUUCAACGAAACCUUAAUCGAGGGGCCGGACGGAAGUCUCCGGCAUUUCACCAAAAACUCCUCAGAUUUGCCGCAAACCCUACUCCACGCCGUUUACACCAAAGACAACGACUGCAUACAGAUCUCCGUACUUCACAAACGCCAUGAGUUCCUAUGGAUGGGUCAGGUGCCCGACCAGUACUUUCUGCCAGAC